AUGCGCCGUCAAUCAAAGCUGGUCGUAUUACUUCUGUUAGCAACAGUCAUUCUGUCAUCUCGUGUUUACCUAAAGGAGUUACUUUCAGUGAUCAGCGAAACAUCACAAAGUAAACAGAUGCCUUACGAUACAUCACUGCGUAAAGCCCCUCCUAGAGUUCUCUCGUUGUCGGAACAGGUGCAAAAAAAUUCAACUCCUGGAGCUGUUUUCCAGCAAACAUGUAGUAAUAUUUGCAGACAACUGCCAGGCAAUUUGACUCUACAGGAAAUGAGUCUGAAAUUUGUUGGAAAUCUUACUAUCUCCAAAGAGGAGCUGGCUCACAGAGAUUUGCAGAGUCUUUCUCAGAAAUUCCAACCUCAUGUACGUGGAGGCUCAUGGAUGUAUCGCGAUCCCAGCUUGAAUGCAACUAACAGGUGCAACGUUAGUAACAGUUCAGCUGUUUCCAUUAUAAUUCCACUACGAAACAGGUGGUAUCAGAUUCCUCCAUUACUUUCCACUCUUGUACCACUGUUGCGGAAACAAAAAAUAUGUUAUCGUGUUUUCGUAGUUGAGCAAGCUGACGGAGGUCUCUUCAACAAGGGAAAACUUUUUAACUCUGGUUUCAUCGAAGCAUCGAAGUUGUUCCGGUUCGGGUGUGUGGUGCUACAGGACACCGACCUUGUUCCAGUCAACGAUCUUAUUCCAUAUGGAUGUGAUGAAGAAACAUCAAAGCAUGUUAUCCACCUCGGAGUUGGUUUAGAUGACCGAAACUACGAGCUGAGGUAUCCCAAGCUUAUUGGAGGUGUACUCAAAAUGACUACUGGACAGUUUGUUUCAGUGAAUGGCUUCUCAAACGAAUACUGGGGUUGGGGUCAGGAAGACGAUGACAUGGAAAAACGGUUACGACAACGAAACAUUGACUACAUCCACAUAAGUCCAGCUAUCGCGCGAUAUGCCUCAAUGCCACACGAGCAACAAGAAAGAGUUCGACGGAGUGAGCAUCUACGUCUCUUGAAAACUGCUCAUCUGAGAAUGCAUACAGAUGGGCUUAACUCUGUGAAGUACAAAUUAAUCCACCUUGAGGAAAGCACCUUGUUCACUCUCAUACUCGUGGAUGUCCGUGAUAAUGUGUAA